CAUUUUUCACCCAUCUGUUCUCGGCUUCUUGCAUCUGUUCAUACAUACAUAUAUAUAUAUAUAUACACCUCAGUAAUGGCUUCCCUCACCAGUUCCUUCUUCCCAGCCUCCAUGAUUUUCUUGUCACUGUUGGUUAUGAGUUGUGAAAGGGUCAGUGGAUAUGGCCCAAAAGAAGAGUUUGAGAGAGCAAAUUGGGAAGAAAGCGAAAGGCUACUUCCCACUACAAGCAUCACGGGUAUUCAAGGGCUUGUUUAUUGUAAUUCAGGUCCGGAACAGAUCCCACUUAGAGGAGCUUUGGUACGGAUAACAUGUGUGGCUGUUCAUGAGCAUGAGUACGAGACAGCCCCAUUCUCCAUCCUGACUGAUGGAACCGAUGAGGAGGGUUACUUCUUUACAACAUUUUCUACUUCUGAGCUUGAAGACAACUGGAAGCUCACACACUGCAAGGCAUUCCUUGAAAGCUCCCCAACGAAGACCUGUAAAUUUCCUACUGACAUCAACAAUGGCGUCACUGGUUCUCCCCUCCUUCAAUGUCGCCACCUCAGUGACAAGAACAUCAACUUGUGCUCUGUGGAGCCUUUGUUUUUCACCUCACACCCUCAACCCAUAUCCAAUGGUUAUUAAAAUAUAUUAAAUAUUAUUAUACACGACGGAUUUUUAUUUUUAUUUUUCUCAGGAAUAAUAAUUUUGGGGUUGAGAAAAUGGGCAGUUUGUGGUUGAUUUUAUUAUCAAUGUGUUGAAUAAUAGCUAGCUUCCACAGUUGUAUUUUGGAGAUACAAUCAUAUAUUAAGCUUUGUUCUACACUUAAUCAAUCAAUUUUAGCGUAUGUCCCAAUUUUUUUUCCUCUUCUGUUUGAAGUUGCUGUCAUGUGACAUUAUCUUUUAGAGACCACGUUUGUAUCUUAUGGAUUUUAUAAUUAUAAUACAAAUAUUAUUUUUAAA